UGGGGCUAUGGCAUCGGUUUGUAUUUGUCCGCCGCGGCCUCCCUUCCUGCUUGGACCUAGCAGGGAUGAAGAGGCGGGGAACUGUCUAGCAAGCAAGACUCUGCGAUACCAUACCACCACACGGGAAUGUAAAACUUCAGGUCUGCGAUCACUCACAAUACGCCGUGUAUGCGUGCCUAAAUACCGAACAUUUAACCUGUUUUCUAAUGGAAGCAGAUGGAUUUGUGAGAAAGCGUCGGAUGACAGCGGAGACUACAGGCAAUGAUACCGGGGUUGCUGGUGCAUCUGCCGGGGCAGAAGUUCGAUGGCUGGGGGGCAGAUUCUGGGGAGUUUCGGAAAGUAUCGUGGGAAGCCUGACACCCCGGAUCGGAGGGGAAACGGAGCUACAGACUGUUGAUUUUAUCCGUAGUGCACAAGAUGCACAAACAGAAGACACUGAACCAGACUAUGAGGGUUUGCCACAGGGAGCCUCCACUAGCACCCACAUGUUGGCUGGAGCCGUGGCGGGGAUCAUGGAGCAUUGCCUCAUGUUCCCAAUCGACUGUGUCAAGACACGCAUGCAGAGCCUCCAGCCUGAGCCCGCAGCCCGCUACAGGAAUGUGAUGGAUGCUCUUCGCCGAAUUGUAGCCACAGAGGGAGUCUGGCGGCCAAUGAGAGGGCUGAAUGUAACGGCAAUUGGAGCGGGACCUGCCCAUGCCCUCUACUUUGCCAGCUAUGAGAAACUCAAAAAGACUCUAAGUGAUGUCAUACACCCAGGGGCUAACAGCCAUUUGGCUAAUGGAACAGCUGGGUGUGCGGCCACACUGCUUCACGAUGCAGUCAUGAACCCAGCGGAAGUUGUGAAGCAGCGCAUGCAGAUGUAUAAUUCACCCUAUGGCGGCGUGAUGGACUGUAUACGCGCCGUGUGGCAGAAAGAGGGCCCUGCUGCCUUCUACCGCAGUUACACCACCCAGCUCACCAUGAACGUGCCCUUCCAGGCGCUCCACUUCAUGACCUAUGAGUACCUCCAGGAGCUGCUCAACCCCCACAGACAGUACAAUCCCUCAUCCCACAUGUUGUCCGGAGCUUUGGCUGGAGCCAUUGCAGCUGCGGCAACCACACCUCUGGAUGUCUGCAAGACCCUGCUCAACACCCAGGAGUCUCUGACCCUGGGCCAGGGCCAAGGAGCCCACAGACACAUCUCAGGCCUGGCCCAUGCCUUUCGGACGGUUUACAGGCUGGGCGGCCUGCAGGGGUUCUUCAGGGGAGUCCAGGCGAGGAUCAUCUACCAGAUGCCCUCCACAGCCAUCAGCUGGUCGGUCUAUGAGUUCUUCAAGUAUGGACUCACCAAGCACCAGCACAACAAGAGGAGAGCGCAGCACAUGGAGGCUGAGAUUUAGAGAUCUGAGAUCUCCUAUGUUUAUUCUCAUCUAAUAUUGUUCUGUUCUCCCUGUGAGGAGAAGAUCAAGUCAAUACGCACAUAGAAUCUGACUAAAAUUCACCUCAGUUGUCCCAUCAUUUUCAGACAUAGCAGAUAAGAAAGACCACUUCAAAGACAGUUUGAGUUGUUGUAUUUCUGCUACACUAUUUCAAGACUAGAUAUGGUUUGGGUAAUGUUUUUUCUCUCCACUUACACAGUACGAUAGUAUAUAGUAUUAUAAUUUUUUUUAAGCCAUUCUAGUCAACACUUCAUUUGUCCAAAUGGAGUGUCAAGAUCCCAAACAGUUUAAGUUGGAAAGGUAGUCAGCAGAGGGCACUAGUGUCACUUUGUUAGCUCUCUUGUAGUUUUAUAAGAUUUGCUUUUCUAGAACCAGAUUACUAUUUUCACCCAUCCAUGCCUUCAGUUUGCAUAUGAAAAUUAUAACUGACUCCUGAUACGGACCCCUUUCUAGAUUUAUGAAUACAUUUGUUUUGCUUUUUUAACAUCAUAACAGAAUAUUCUCACAGUAAUCCUAGACAAGUUCACUUUCUAGUUUGGGCUAGACACAGGGAUUCAGUAAACAUGUCUUUUAUUUGAUCCAAUUUAAAUGUAUGUCAGCCAUUUAGAAUCGAAAGCAAAUUUACCCAAUAUAGUAGCUGACAACAUUGUGUUGUUACACAAGAGAGAGCAAGAGUUCGGUCAUCUGUGUGGAUCUUGAUAAAUUGACAUGUGUAACUUUAAAUGCAGUCCAGUAGUAUUUGAUGGUUUCAGAAUAACAGAAAAACCAUAGACCAGAUGUGGGCUUCCAUUUUUGCUUUUGGUUAUAAAUGAUUCAAAUUAUUUUCAAAUUAAGUUCAAGAUUGUUCCCUAUGAUAUCAUUUCUGGGGUAUCUGAAAAGUGUUUAAUUUAUUAUUAAUAAUUUUGGUCACUAUAUGAAAUCCCCCUCCCCCCAACACACACCAUUAAUGCCUUGUGUACGUGUUUGGCAGAGCAGACCAGGGCAAUAUUAAGACGGUUAUUUCUAACUGUAGCUGUCAGGCAGUUUUCACCUUGUGAACUACUGAGUUUCAAUAUCUGUACUUGACCGCAACAGUUGUGUACAAUGCACUGUGCCCAACAGGAGUUCAAUAUCCCACAAGAUAACGUAUCUGUUCCCCCAUUAAUUACACAUCAUUGGAAGCGGUCAUUCUUAUUGAUUGAUGUCUGAUUGUUUCGGACACUGAAUUGCACUCAUUGAAUAAAGACUGUGCAGUGAGGCUUUACUCACUGCUCAUAAAUAAUG